AAAACAUAUAAAAACAAAUGGUUAAGUUGUAUAUACCGUAUAGACAAUAUUGAAAGUGAUAAUGUCAUACAAAAACAAUGAUGAAAAGUUGAGCCGUAUAUCGAAAACAUUGUGGGCGUCAAAAACAUUUCAAACCAGAUUUAAAAUUAGACUAUUAAAUGGCAAAACACAUAUAAGGGAUAUGAAUUUGGGUAAAAUUGGCAAAAAUGGCAAACGUAAAGGUAUCGACACAAUACGAUUUGAUAAGCCACACGGUAAGUAUGAUCAUCACAUCAAUAUUGAUCCCAGAGGUUUUCCUAGUAAAAAAAAUCCACACAUACCGAUACCUAAAUCAGUAUCCAAGGGAUUCCGCUAUACAUGCCAGGCCUAUCAGUACGUGACAUUUGGUCUGGGUGCUUUAUCAAUAGCUUAUGAUGGCUAUCAAUUAGGUAAAUCAGCCUAUGAUUAUAUUCACAUUGAAGAUAUCAUUGAAGAAUUGGAAGAAAUAUUGUCGGCGCUGAGGGAAGACCUAAAAUCCGUGACCGACAUCGAUACCAUUGACUGUAUCCAUGAGGCUAUUGAAUACUACGAGUCCGAGUUAGAGGCGUGCAAACGUAGCCGCGGUAAAGUACCAUGCAAACUUAUUAAAACUGGUGCAUCAGUAUCGGGUAGUUGGUUUGGCGGAGCCGCCGGUGCUUUAGCUGGCGGUUGGGCCGGUGCUCAAGCUGGCACAGGUAUUGGCCUACUGUUCGGGCCAGCGGGAGUGGCUGUGGCGGCUCCUGUUUGUGCAUUUGCUGGAGCACUAGCCGGUGCCAUAAAAGUAAGCAAUGUUACCACUGAAUUUGCUGAAAACUUGGCAGAAAGUUACCUUGAUCAACUUGAACCAAUUGAUAAGAAAAGUUCAGAUAAUAUAUCAGCUAAUGAUUCUGUCAGCGAAACCGCUAACGUAAUAGACAUUGGAUUGGAUAUAACAGAUAAAAAUUUGGAUAAUAUAUCGGAUAAUAACUCGGAUAAUAACUUGGAUAACAAAGCGGAUAAUAACUCGGAUAACAAAGCGGAUAAUAACUCGGAUAACAAAGCGGAUAAUAACUUGGAUAACAAAGCGGAUAAUAACUCGGAUAACAAAGCGGAUAAUAACUCGGAUAACAAAGCGGAUAAUGGAUUAGAUAAGCAAACAGAUAAUGAAAUGGAUAACCGAUGCAUAAUACUCUUAGUUAAAGUAUUAGACUAUAUGUUAUAG